AUGUCGACGACACAGCGUGUGCAAUGCUUCGGCAAGAAGAAGACGGCUACUGCUGUCGCCCAGGCCCAGGCCGGUAAGGGUCUGAUCAAGGUCAACGGUCGCCCUCUCUCGCUCAUCCAGCCCGAGAUCCUCCGCUUCAAGGUCUACGAGCCCCUCCUCGUUGUUGGCCUUGACAAGUUCGCCAACCUCGACAUCCGUGUUCGCGUCACCGGCGGUGGUCACACUUCCCAGAUCUACGCCAUCCGUCAGGCUAUCGCCAAGUCCCUGAUCGCCUACUACCAGAAGUACGUCGAUGAGCACUCUAAGAACCUCCUCAAGCAGGCUCUUGUCCAGUUCGACCGUACCCUCCUCGUCGCCGAUAACCGUCGUUGCGAGCCCAAGAAGUUCGGUGGUCCAGGUGCCCGUGCCCGUUUCCAGAAGUCUUACCGAUAA